AUGAAUCGACCGCAACGAUAUAACGCCAAAGCACGCUCCUCUGUAGCGGGUGGCUCUCACAAGAAGGGGAAGGCGAAGAAGACGCAUUCGGAAGAUCCACCUCCUGUCGAAGGUCAAGCUGAUACCAAUGCGGACAUCCUGGAACAUAAGGCUGAGGAAGAUAAAGAGAGGGACCGAAGAGAGAGGAUGAAGCGCGAAUUGCUGGAACAAUCGCAGAGCAAAGCUUCGAGUAAGAAGCGGAAACGUCUCGACAAGUAUAUCGAUAAAAAGCUGAAGAAGGAAGAACGGCUGGAGCUGUUCGACAAACUCGCUAAAUCUCAAGCAGAGCUCUCAUCCACACUUCAGUUACAUUCGUCGUCUGCUCUUGGAACCGGAAAGCCACAGACCCACCAAGACCGUCUCGAUAAAUCGGAGGACAAAGAUGUUCGACGAGCGAUGGGCCACACUCAACCUACAGGAAAGCACAGAAAGCGUAAUGGUGGGUUCACCGGGGUGGCGGACGAUGAUGACGACGACAGCGAAGAAGACAUCGCCUUCAAUGAAGCCUCGACAUCAUACAUGGUUGUUGACGACGUUCCAGAUAUGAAGGAAGGUUCGUCGAAGGAUAGACCCGUGGUGAUUAUUGACUCUGCCGUUACUGCUUCAGCAGCAGAACAGGCAGAUAAAUCAGGCGGCACAGUGGGCAGUGCGCUGCAGAGGAAUGCCGAUGGGUCAGUCGUGGCUCCUCGCAUACUCAAGAAAAAGGGAAAGGGUCAGAAGACAAUUUUCCAGAAAUGGAAGCGAGGUCCUCUCGCAUCCCAGAAUAUACAACCAGACGAACAAUCCGACUCGUCGUUCGACAGCUCAGAUUCUGCUCUUGAUUUCGCUGAAGACGAGGACGGUGACGGUGACGGUGACGCCACAUCAGACGACAACGAAUCCGACGAAAAUGGCGAAGAAUCAGGCUCAGAAAACUCAGAAGAAGAGGACGGCGAGGGAGAACCGUCGCCACCACCAAAACCUCGAUUGGCAUUCAAGGAUUGGGCUAUGUCUCAACUCAGCGCUGCGAAGAGCUAUGUCGCUCCUGUUUCCACCUCUGAAACCUCCACCUCUCUAGAUACUCUGCCUGUCGAGUCAUCAACCAUUCCUCCGAAGAAAAAACGCAAACUCAACCCUUCGGAUCUGCAAGGAAUGCAUGGACCGCUAGGAGAAACUCUUCAGCUCCCGUCCACCUCUCUCGCCCAGCACCUACAAGCCACUGGCAAGAACAAAGCCGACGAAUCGCAUCAGAAGCGGAAAGUGGUAGAGGUGAAACGACCAGUGGAUGUCGAAGAAGCCAGGCUGUUGUUGCCCAUCGUGGCGGAGGAACAGCCUAUCAUGGAGGCCAUCAUUUUGAACCCCAUUGUUGUGAUCUGUGGAGAGACGGGAAGCGGUAAAACCACACAAGUUCCUCAAUUCUUGUAUGAAGCUGGAUUUGGGUCACCGGAUAGCGACAACCCUGGAAUGAUCGGUAUCACUCAACCCCGGCGUGUGGCCGCGAUAUCUAUGGCUACCCGUGUGGCCCACGAACUGUCAUUGACCUCAUCCAAAGUCUCCUACCAGAUCCGCUACGACGCCACCGUUUCUCCGUCGACUUCGAUAAAGUUUAUGACCGACGGUGUUCUCUUGCGAGAAUUAGCUACCGACUUUCUGCUCACGAAGUAUUCUGUUCUCAUCAUCGACGAAGCACACGAGCGAAGCAUGAAUACCGAUAUCCUUAUCGGCGUUCUCAGUCGUGUUAUCAAGUUGAGAGAAGAUAUGUGGAAAAAGGGUGAACAGGGCAUCAAGCCCCUACGACUGGUCAUCAUGUCCGCUACGCUCCGUGUCUCCGACUUUGCCGAGAACAAAACUUUAUUUCCGUCACCUCCCCCGGUCAUUGAUGUCGCGGCCCGCCAACACCCUGUCACCGUCCACUUCAACCGCCGCACUGCCCCGGACUACGUCUCAGAAGCAAUUCGCAAGACGGCCAAGAUUCAUGCGCGAUUACCACCUGGUGGUAUCUUGAUCUUUCUUACAGGUCAGAAUGAGAUCACCGGCGUGUGUAGGAAGCUCGAAGCUCGGUAUGGCGCGAAGGCGUUGGCUGAGAAGAAGCAGAGGAGGAAAGCUGUGGCGGCGAGGUCGAACGCACAGAACUUUUUCCGGGAAGAAGGCGACAAACCAAUGACAGUCAAGGCUGCGCAAGCUGAUGUUGAGGCAGAAGACAUGGAGCUGGGGAGUGAGGAGCAGCAAGACCUGGCCGCCGAUGUAGACACAGGGUUGGUCGCAGAAGACGACCUGGAAGCCUUGGACACAGAUGACGAAGAAGCUGAAGAGCAAUCACUUGGAAUUGACACCGAGGAAUGCGAAGAUCCCAUGCAUAUUGUGCCACUGUACUCGUUAUUACCCAACGAGAAGCAGCUAAAAGUGUUCGAGCCUCCGCCCAGCGGUUCACGGCUCGUGGUUGUAGCCACGAAUGUUGCAGAGACCUCACUUACGAUCCCCGGAAUCCGGUACGUCGUUGACUGUGGUCGCGCUAAAGAGCGCAGAUACAACGUCGCUAACGGCAUUCAAGCUUUCCAAGUUGGUUGGGUGUCUAAAGCAUCAGCAGCUCAGCGUUCAGGUCGCGCAGGUCGUACGGGCCCUGGUCAUUGUUAUCGCCUCUAUUCCUCCGCCGUGUUCGAGAAUUACUUCGACCAGUUCUCACAGCCUGAGAUCCUCCGUAUGCCCAUAGAAGGUGUCGUUCUUCAGAUGAAGAGUAUGCAUAUCGAUGCUGUGGUCAAUUUCCCGUUCCCGACUCCUCCAGAUCGUCUUGCCCUGAAACAAGCGGAGACGGUUUUAACUCGUCUGGGUGCCCUGGAGACCGCUUCCGGAUCGACAACCACUAACAUUGGACUUCUUCCCGGAACUAUGGGCGGCAAGAUCACCGAGCUUGGACGGACUAUGUCUUUGUUCCCCCUUUCUCCUCGCUUUUCGAAAAUGUUGGUCAGUGGGCGACAACACGGAUGCCUACCCUAUGUCAUCGCUAUUGUCUCCGCUCUAUCCGUCGGCGACCCUUUCCUUCGAGAAGAAGUCCUAGACGGCGACGACUCCGAGGCGAGCGAUUCCGAUGAAGAGUUGGCUCAUAUCACUAGCGAACAAGUCCGAGCGAAAGAAGCGCGCAAACUACAGCGACGUGCAUUCUUCCGCUCUCAACAAGUCCAUGCCGCUCUAGGGAACGGAAUGAGCGAUAUGUUCAAAAUUUUGUCGGUCGUCGGCGCGUACGAGUAUGCGGGUGGUGGUCAAAGCUUCUGUAGAGAGCAAUUCGUGCGCCCAAAGGCAAUGGAAGAGAUCCACAAGCUUCGCGCCCAAAUCAGCAGCAUCGUGCAGACUAACUUCAGCGGUAUAGGCGCCGCAUUUGUCCCUAAUCUUGCUCCGCCAAGCUCUCUACAGCUCAAGAUUCUGCGGCAACUCCUGACGGCUGGUUUCAUUGACCAAAUCGCUGUACGCAAGGACCUGGUAAAGAAAGAGACCGCCACUGGAGAUCAACAUUCGACGACACGGGGUAUACCUUACCUAGCCAUCGGCAUAACGGAGGACGUGUAUAUUCACCCGUCCUCCGUGCUUGCUAAGGCUUCACCCCCGGAAUUCAUCGCCUUCCAUGAAGUUGUAAGGACUAGCAAGAUAUGGCUAAAAGGAUGUACUGUUAUCAAUCCCGCUUGGUUGUCAUCCUUAGGCAAACCAGCGUUGUGUACAUUCUCGAAGCCCGUCAAAAACAGUGCGGGGGAGAUGAUGGUUAUCCCCAAGUUUGGUCCCGACGCGUGGGAACUCCCGGCCAUCAAGCAAAUAGUAUCAUGA